UGGUAUCCAGUCAUCAAGUCAUACUUAGCUGUCAUUAAUAGAUUCUAGUUUAUUGCUAUGACAUUAGAACACUUGCAGCUCUGAAGUAUCUUCUAUCAAAAGUCAUAAUAUUGCCUUGCUGUGCUGCCUUUCUAUUCAGUACGAAGCCCAUCUCGGACGGACUUCUUUAAUCGACCCUCAACCGCGUCAAUCCAGAGCCCGGGAAUUCUUGUUCCCAGAGCCCAAUCAAAUGUUCUCCGUCUUUUUGCGGGGAACGUCGCGCAAGAAAGAUGGGUACUAUACCUGCGAAUUUUGUGGCAUACAGUGCAAGAGAAUACACCAUUUGGAGCAGCACAAUCUCGGGAAACAACAUCUGGCCAAAGUGGAGGCUACCAAAGAACUUAAGCCUACUGCAAAGACGGCACAGCAGCAAGGGCCGAGAAUGACCGUAAUAGUCGUUGGCAAAGCCAGGAAACGAUAUCAAAUAUCGCACGACGUGCUAUACGACGCUUCUCCAUAUUUUCGGAAACUUUGCGACAAUCGUGCCGUUUCAGUCCUGGACUUCAGCUUUCGGGUAGAGGAGGAAUGUGAACAAUUUGGAAUCUUUAUCUAUUGCCUUGAAAAUCAGGAUUUGAAUAUUCCCACUCCCAUAGGGGUGGUGCCAGCACUGUUAGAGCUAUAUUUCGUCGCAGCCAAAUACCAAGUCAGCUUCUUGCAGGAUAGGAUCAUAGACCACCUACUAAUUAUGAAGCGCUCUCUACAAGAAUGGAACAUUAAACGUUUGUACGACAAUACGAAUACUACAUCGAAGCUACGUUGGCUUUGCGCUUGUGAUACCACUUGUAUUCUUCGUUCCUCUGCGAAAGAGAUACCUGCUUCACAAGAUUCAAUUGAGUAUAAGUUAUUAAGAGCAGCAGAAGAAUGUCCCAAGUUUGCAUUUGAUGUUUUCCGGGUCCAGCUAAUAUACAAUACCUGCAAUUGGCCCAGAACCUACAUGCAUGAUUUUCAUGCCUGCGAAUUUCAUUGCCAUGAAGCUGAUAAGCUAUGCCUCCACAUCAAUUUUGACGGAUCGCCCAGAUUGCCUGGUGGUUUUGCCAAAGCACGAAAUUUGGAUGGAACUUUGAGAGAUCGCUCAAAUGGAAGGAUCAUAAGGAAAAGACGACGUGAUCGAAAUGGCGCCGAGGGUAGCAUCGACAGAUCAGUUAGAAGAAAGGUCGAAGCGGUCAUUAUAAAAGACGAGCCCAACACACCGUAGUAAGAGGGGACAUAGAAUCAGCUCUUCAAUGGUAGAUACAAAGUCUAAGUCGCCUACAUCAGUAACAAGAUGACGAAAACGAUUGUAUUUGAAGUAAUAUCGUUUCAACAGAAUGUGAGCUUUGUCAGAAGAGGAUAGUGGCUUCGCAUUGGAUAUGAGGAUGAUUGGAUUACAUAGCUUACCAACACUAUAGAAGAAUGCAGAAGAAGAGAGAAGAGGCUGUAAACAUCAUCAUCAUAACGAAGGAGGGAGACAAGUCAGAGCUAGAUCACCAAAAAUGAUAGCAUUGAAUAUGAUACCC